AUGGGCGUCGGUAAUCACUCACCAUCAGUGUCAGGUCAGUCAGAAAAGGCGACGGCGGAAAAAUCAUUUAAAAUCGAAUUAGGUGUCAUCUUUUAUUACAGCCUAGCUGCCAAUAAAUCAAAUUUUGUAGAUUUUAUGAAGGAUCAUGACGUAGACAAAAGCUCACCGGUACAAAAAACAAAACGGAAAGCCAUCUCGACACAAUCUAUAACCUCUCGAUAUCAUCCACCUGAGUACAAUCUGUGCGGUGCGACGAAACGACCGUGUAUCGUCGUCUCGCUCGAUCACGGCUCGCGCAAGAUGCGCCCUCUCCUUUCCCCCGCGCGCCCGGCGGCCGCUCUCCACCAAUCGGCGGCCAUCUUUUGCUCCCUCGAGAGCAGAGCGACAGUGCGCCUCUCAUCAGCGCAAUCACAAGGAGACAACAUCUCGCCGCGCGAGGUUGUCGCUCCACGCGAGAUGCGAACGGCCGACGAACAGUGCCUUACAAAAUAG